AUGCGAAUUCGUGAUGGAAACAUACGGAUUCUUGCCGCGUUCCCCAAAAUCUCUAUAAAUAAUCCCUAUACCGCUGAGCGUUGGUCGCAUCAUUCGUUGUCCGUUCUCUGUUCUUCAGUACCCUCUCAUUGUGGGUGUUCGAGUUUUGAUCCAAACAAGGUUGAUGGUUGAAAUAGACGUCCAAAUCCCAUCCGCUUACGAUCCAUUCGCAGACGCCAAGGAUUCCGAUGCCCCGGGAGGCAAAGAGUAUGUUCAUAUCCGCGUGCAGCAGAGGAAUGGCAAGAAGUGCUUGACAACAGUCCAGGGUCUGAAGAAGGAUUUCAGCUACGAGAAGAUCCUCAAAGACGUGAAGAAGGAGUUUUGCUGUAAUGGUAACGUCGUCCAAGACAAAGAAUUGGGGAAGAUAAUUCAGCUUCAGGGCGAUCAGCGCAAGAACGUGUCUCAGUUCCUGGUUCAGGCUGGGAUUGUUAAGAAGGAUCAGAUCAAAAUCCAUGGAUUUUAAGCAACUUGUUUUAUAGUUCAUCGAAUUGAAUCUGUUUCUGUGUUUUCUUUUGAAUGGAUCUUGGGAUGGCGGACUGUAAUGACAACUUGUUAGCAAUAAAAUGUUUGAUUCUGGGUAA